CGCUUUUCGCCCAGCUGGAGCGGAGCCUAUUUUUUGUUUUGCACGUGUCCCAUCAAUAUCGCUGGAUUUCUAUCGCUGGAUCUUCCAAAAAAUUGCAUAUUUUAGGAUUUACUGGACGUUUAUUUUCAGAUAUUGUGUUGGCGUAGGAAUUUUAAAGUGGGGCAAUGAGAGCAGAUACGUAUUUAUCAAGCUAGCGGUGGCUAACCUAGCCACAUGGUGCACAGUAACUAGCUAGGAGAACAUGCCCAGACCUGUCACACAAGGCCGAUAGGUUGCGAUUUGUUUCAGACAUGGAUUACACAUUUCCACAGAAACUUUUCCCGGUUUAUUUCAACUCUGGGCCUCCCAGUUCUACGUUUAGACAUAACGUCGGAGGCUGGGGUUCGUAUGGUCAAGUGUUGGAAGUAAACGUCGCUCCACACGAGGUGAGUUGUGAUGCUGGCUUCAUGGCUGGCUGGAGAAUGUAUGCUAUGAUACACUGUUUUUCCCUACUAUGAUAUGGAUGAUCAUAGGCCAGACAAUCUUGAUUAAAAUCACUUUCACCCUGAAAGUCCGUUGCCAUUUUACUAGAGUUGAUGUUUUAUAAUUUUAGAAAGGCGCUAGUCUACCAAAAGUAGAGUGGAAGUUCGAAUCUCAACACCAAGUGACGGGAGAGACAUGGGUGCCAGCGGAACCUAUUGCAAUACCACUUCUGAGACCAAAAAGAGGUAGUGGCCCGUCACUGCGUUUCAUAUUGUUUGAUAAAGUUAAGAUUUAUUAGACAAUUAUGUUACUCUUGUGCACGUCACUCAAUAUUUGAACUUUCAUAUUUUACUUUUUUUUAUUAUUUUUUUAUAGCCAGCAAAUGGUCAUCAACCGCUCUCUCGGAUCCUUUGGACUUUUCAGAGCAUGUAAGAACCUUUUUUUACUUCCUGAUUUUGCACUGUGAACACACACUGAAGUAAAGUUAUUUAUAUUUGGAUGACUUGUCCUUCGUAGAUGCAGAACUUCUACCAGUAUAACCCCAAGGAUGCGUUUUACACAAUGAGCCAUCUCCUAGGGGAGAAAUUCCACUUUGGACAUGGGAAGAGAAAGGUGACUGUCCUGACUGUCUAUUGUUUGUUUGUUUGCUGAGUGUGUGUAAGACAUUUAUAUGCAAUUAAGUUUGACCCCUUGUUUUGUCAUUUUUCCAGGGAAGUGAAAGAAAGGCUGUUCACAUGUGGCAGACGGAGCACUUCAUGCAAACAUUGAAAUACAAAAAGUAAGUCCAUAGUGAGGAACUCUAGGCUUUGUGUCCUAGCCGAGACACUGCUCCACCAUCCGUCCUGCGUAGUUUUACAGAUGUAGGCUGUGCACAUCACAUUCACCCUAAGGCUAUUUGAAAGGCCCUGCAAUGCAAUAUCCUGAUCCUACCAUGGCGUUUCAUGUGGCCAGUGCUGUUUACAUUUACAUUUUAGUCAUUUUAGCAGACGCCCUUAUCCAGAGCGACUUACAGGAGCAAUUAGAGUUAAGUGCCUUGCUCAAGGGCACAUCAUUUUACUGGUCAUCACACAACCCCGUUUUUCAUCCACCUCCGCCCUACCCAGAAGGGUUACUGCUACGCAAGAAGCUGUUGCGUUUAGCAAACAAAAUAUUGCAUUCUUUAUUCGCUUCUUCUUUUCCUUGGUGGUGCCCUCUGACCGUUAGCUCCCCUGGCUGUACGUCCAUCGUUGCAUUCAAGUUUAUCUAAAACAUUCUCUAUCCUGUACCUAGGUGCGAGUUGACUCAUAUGGGACGGCAGGCCAAAAGGUACAACAACUUGCUCUCAGAUGUGAUCCAUGACAUCCCUCCGGCCCUGCUAGCUGAUCUCCUCCAUGAGGAGCUGACCUAUCAGAGGGAGCAGGAGCAGUUCUCUGAACACGCCACAGGGGGCGCCAUAGGGUACUUUUCCUUUACCAACACCAGUACCUCUCAGCAAGGCUGUCUGGUGUACCCUGGGAAACCUGGCCUCAACAACCUUAGUAUCCUUCAAUCUAAUCUAUCUGAAAUAUCAGUCUUGAAAUAACCUUACUGGCUGGCUGCCCUUUCCCCGUCGCAUUGAGGCUGCCACAACCUGGUUAACAGCCGUAGCGACAUUUUUGGUGAUUUAAUUUUUUCAUUCUCAGAAUAUUUCAGUAUUCCAUUCACUUUUAUUCAGAAGAUGCCAUUUCAAGCCUGGAGGGUAGGAGCACUUCUCUGAUUCAGAGGGGUUGGGUUAAAUGGGGAAGACGCAUUUCAGUUGAAUGCAUUGUUGUACAACUGACUAGGUAUCCCCCUUACCUUUCAAGAACCACAUCAAAAGUCCUUAAUGCAGUACCUCAGACUUCCACAGGGUAAUACUUGAGUUCCAAGAAGGGAAGCCUCCAUGUUUUGAUGUGAGCCACAAGCCUCUCUCAGUCCAGCUCAAUGGGACAAUCAGACAGAUCACCAUCGGCCUUCAGCAGGAUGAAUGUAAGCACAGUAACAUCAUUAUCAUCCAUAAAUGCAUGUGCAAUAUUGGAUCCUGUUUCUUGUUUGGUUUGUGGUUGACGUUUAAUUCAUGAAGUAGGUUUAACUGAAAUUCCAAUUUCCUCAUGGUAAAGGGAACAUUUGGAAUUUCCGGUUACUUCCCGAAUUAAACCGAGUUAACCCUAAUUCUGGUCAUAAUAUUUUUCUUCCUCCGUUUCCUUUAUCUCUAGUUUUGAGUUUUAACAAUUGUCUUGCUGUUGAACGGACAUGCAGCCCAAACUCUUCCUGUCUGUUGAACUGACCUAGUAGUUGUGUUCUUAAUGUAGGCCACGUUGGGGUGCGCUCUGACCACCUGUGUGGUGUCUGGAAGGUCAGUGAGAAGAACGUGCCUAAGACUCUGGAGGUCAUUCAGACCAAGCAGCCUGCUACGUGCCUCAGUGCCAGGUAGGUUGGAGCACUGCUAUUCCCCAGGCACUUGUGUUUGUGUGUGAUCAGUGCUAUUCCUGAGGCACUUGUGUUUGUGUGUGAUCAGUGCUAUUCCCCAGGCACUUGUGUUUGUGUGUGAUCAGUGCUAUUCCCGAGGCACUUGUGUUUGUGUGUGAUCAGUGCUAUUCCUGAGGCACUUGAGUUUGUGUGGAAUUGACAUUUGAGUGUACUUCCUGAAUUGACCCCAUGCUACAGACUCUUUUUUUUUUAUGUUAACAUUGGUAUAAACGGGUGAUUUGUUGUCUUUUAGUCCCCAUGUUCAGGGAGAGCUUCUGGUGGCCAGUGAGAGUGGAGCUGCCUAUCUAUGGACGGUGGGGAAAGGGUAAGGGGCGUAGAUACCCGUCACUGAACUUAUGGCCCUGUCCCAAUUAUUUACCCUUCUCCUGUUCUCCAUGACCCCUCUCCCUAAGUAAAGUGCACACUUACACACUCUACAUCAGGGGUUUAAAACCAUUGGAUUGUUGUUUAGCAUUACCAGGAGUGAGUUUCCACCAUUUGUUAAAUUCAUGAAAGGGACUGGGAGUGUGCACACUUGGGGAGAAGGGUUGAAUGCCUUGCCUAAGUAAUGUCUGCUAAAUGGGGGGCUGACCCCGAACAAAAACAAAUCUUGGUCGACGGAGAGUAGUCUGUUCUUUCGACCGAUCAAUUGGUAGACAUUUUUAAUUGUGUGAAUUUUGCUUUAUGUAGACACACCCUAUGUUUGAAUAAAAUCGACUAUAUGUAGGCUACUGAGCUAGCUUGAUGCUUUAAGCACUGUGAUUGAAAAAAUGAAGACACACAAAUGACUCGAGGGAGCCAGAGAUCAAUAUAGCCUAACCAUAGGAGAGAGGGAAAACCAGUUCCUGACCCAGCCCCGCUCCUCCCACUGGCCUAAGCAAAAUCGUUACACUCCUGAAGAUGCCGGUAAUAGUCUACACCAGCGGUUGGCAACUUUUUCCAUUUGGAGUGCGAAGUUAUCGUACCAUUUCUACUGAUCUGCGUAUGCACAUUUUCAUGGAACAGUUUCAUUUAAUUUAUAUUAAGUCUUCAUAUCUCAAAAUCAAUGUCAUGUGGUUAAUUAAAAUUAUAUCUAAAUGAAAAUGAUACAAAUCUAGAAGUAACUUCUGUUGCCAUUGCCAAUAUGUAAAAAUAGCCUACAUCAUAAAGCCAACAAAUAAAUAAAAUAAAAUAACCUGGUAGAAAAUAUCCUGAUUUAAAAAAAUAUAUAUAUAUCCUAUAAAUCACAUUGGCUACACAUGGCCUAUCUGCAAGGAACUUGAAACAUUGUAUCAACUAUUAACUUGUUCCGGUCCCGAAGCAGCUUGUGCUAGAAAACUUGCAACAUUGUAUACGUAAUCAGUUUCAUCCUUACUCAAGAUUAACAGGACCGCUCCAAACAAAAGACAAUUAAUAAAUUGACAACUCUUAAAACUUUUCCCUCACAAGUGUAGCCUAGGUUGUGCGCUCUGCAAACAACGUGUCCACUCCUACAAUGAGAACGGUAAGACUGUACUAAUAAUAUACUGAAUGCAUUAACAGAAAUUACGGUAACCAAACAAACAUUGUAAUUAGAAAUGAUGGGAAUUAAGGGUAAAUGUACUACUGGUGAUACUGUUGUGUGGCCUCCACAAUGGAUUGGUCCACUCAGACAGGCCUGAAUCAGACCGGUGUCUCAGACAGGCGUGAAUCAGACAGGUGGCUCAGACAGGCGUGAAUCAGACAGGUGGCUCAGAUAGGCGUGAAUCAGACAGGUGGCUCAGACAGGCCUGAAUCAGACAGGUGGCUCAGAUAGGCGUGAAUCAGACAGGCGUGAAUCAGACAGGCGUGAAUCAGACAGGUGUCUCGUGUGCCAUACAUUUUUAAAAACAUAUGAUUCUACUGCUCGACUAAAAAAUUGUCGACCAACAGCCUGUCGACUAAAUGGGGUCAGCCAUACUGCUAAAUAACUGUAAAACAGGUAGAUAAGGAUGCAACUCUUAUCAUCUCUCGCCUUGUAGGACAUGUUUCCUGUAUCAUCUCUCUGUGUGUAGGACAUGUUUCCUGUAUUAUCUCUCUGUGUGUAGACCAUGUUCCUGUAUCCCCUGUGUGUAGACUCUUAUCAUCUCUGUGUUGUAGGACAUGUUACCUGUAUCUCUCUCGCCUGUGUGUGGACAUGUUUACCCUGUAUCAUCUCUCUGUGUGUAGGACAUUGUACCCGUAUCAUCUCUCUGUGUGUAGGACAUGUUUAACACUGUAUCAUCCUCUGUGUGUAGGACAUGUUACCUGUAUCAUCUCUCUGUGCUUGUAAGGGGACAUGGUUACCUGUAAUCAUCCUCUCUGUGUGUAGGGACAUGUUACCCUGUAUCAUCUCUCGUGGUGUAGGACAUGUUACCUGUAUCAUCUCUCUGUUGUGUAGGACAUGUUACCCGUAUCAUCUCUCUGUGUUGUAGGGACAUGUUACCCGUAUCAUCUCUCUGUGUGUAGGACAUGUUACCCGUAUCAUCUCUCUGUGUGUAGGACAUGUUACCCGUAUCAUCUCUCUGUGUGUAGGACAUGUUACCUGUAUCAUCUCUCUGUGUGUAGGACAUGUUACCCGUAUCAUCUCUCGCCUUGUAGGACAUGUUACCCGUAUCAUCUCUCGCCUUGUAGGACAUGUUACCUGUAUCAUCUCUCUGUGUGUAGGACAUGUUACCCGUAUCAUCUCUCUGUGUUAGGACAUGUUUCCUGUAUCAUCUCUCUGUGUGUAGGACAUGUUACCCGUAUCAUCUCUCUGCUUGUAGGACAUGUUACCCGUAUCAUCUCUCGCCUUGUAGGACAUGUUACCCGUAUCAUCUCUCGCCUUGUAGGACAUGUUACCCGUAUCAUCUCUCUGUGUGUAGGACAUGUUACCCGUAUCAUCUCUCUGUGUGUAGGACAUGUUACCUGUAUCAUCUCUCUGUGUAGGACAUGUUUCCUGUAUCAUCUCUCUGUGUGUAGGACAUGUUACCCGUAUCAUCUCUCUGUGUGUAGGACAUGUUACCCGUAUCAUCUCUCGCCUUGUAGGACAUGUUACCCGUAUCAUCUCUCGCCUUGUAGGACAUGUUACCCGUAUCAUCUCUCGCCUUGUAGGACAUGUUACCCGUAUCAUCUCUCGCCUUGUAGGACAUGUUACCUGUAUCAUCUCUCUGUGUAGGACAUGUUUCCUGUAUCAUCUCUCUGUGUGUAGGACAUGUUACCCGUAUCCCUAACAGGAUUCCCUCUUGUUAUAUUUUAGUUUGCAGAAGUUCCGUCAGGAGGACAGUAACCUGUACUUCAAUUCUAAGUCGUCAUGGAGAUGGUGUGACUUCUCUGGCCACCCCAGGGUGAUGGUGUAUGCUGACCGGACAGGUGUGGAGCUCACUGAUAUCAGGGUAAUGGAAGACCGUAAAGCCACUCCAUGAGUACUUGUUGAUUUGUUGUUUUUGUAACUGUGUUGCUGCGCUGAUUGACAAACUAAUUUCCUAACCGGGAUUUCUGGGAUUGAGAAUCUUGCUAUUCUGAAUGUUUUAACCUAGCGAUAUGAGAUCAACUCUUACCUGUUUACAAUUGGAAAUGGAACAACAUGUCUGCUAUUAAAAAAAAAAUAACAUAUCUUGGUUUUGAGAAAUAUGGAGUGACCUGAAGUUUGGUAGAUGUUAACAUUGUAAGUGUGUGUAAAAAUCCGUUGUUUAUGUGUGCAUGUCUCUCUGUCUUUACAGACCAAAGACUGUUGUAGUCACACGCUGUUUCGUAUCUGCCAAACCCCAGACUGUAAGAGUGGAGAGAGAGUCAUCCUGUCCAAUUACCUGAGAGAGGUCCACACCUUCCACCACCUCGUCAUCACACAGGUGCAGUACCCUUUGAGCUACGUUCUAAUUGGCCUAUCAUAUCAGGGCUCUACAGUGCGACCCUUUUAACUACGUUCUAAUUGGCCUAUCAUAUCAGGGCUCUACAGUGCGACCAUUUUAUUUGCAUAUAUCGCCUAAAUAUUUAGGUGUGCGACCUGGAUUUUUUUUUAAAUUUAGGAGCACCAGUGCACCUAGAAAUAUUUUAAGAUUCUAGCUCUUACAUUUGUUUCUGUGCACCUACAUUUUCCAACUUAGGCGAACGCGUGCUCCUUGCAGCUCAAAGGAUUCAUUUUUGUACUACGGGUGAUGUGGUGUAUCUUGAACUGGUCUUGAUGAACUCACCUUAUCGGAGGGGUUGGGUUAAAGCAGUUGACACAUUUCCAUCGCGUAUGGACUAUAAAGUAUAUCUGAUGUUGUCUUCUUGACAGCCUUUCUGCCAGUUCCUUUGUCACAUCACAGUUCUGGAAUGUAUCCGGCUGUAUUCCAGCUCUUAAGGAAACUUCCGGAGACGCAGGCAGCAUUUGAACAACUCUCUUUGUGAGACACAAGCAUCACAAUGGGCCAUUGACAGCCGAAGACUCGUGCUUUUAACCUAAAGGAAAAACAAAACCAUCGGCUUUUUUGUGUGAGCCUAUACGUUUCUUCAGGUGUUCUUGUGAUCUUUGUCAUUCGCAGCACACUGCGUACGUCAUGGAUGAGCGCUUCCCCUGCCUCCCCAUGAUCCAGUGGGAUCACAUGAUGGAGCAUCCUCCCAUGUUUGCCCAGGUCGUGGCGGGGUUGCCGUCAGGGGGCGGGACUACUAAAGUGCUGCUGGGCUCUCAGCGAUCACAGGAAGUGAUCCUGCUACAGUACUCAGGUGUGUACAGUCAUUCUAAUAAUGGGUGUGUGUGACAGGGUGGGUGUUUUAUUUGAGUGAACGCUGUGCCUCAGGCUACUGCUGACCAACCCGUUUUACUGUGCACCUGGAUAAAAAAAUAAAAUAAUCUAAAAUACUUUUGUCAUUGAGCUUGGAGUUCCUGGAGCACUUGAAAUAAAACCAAAUACUAUUUGAACCCAGGGCUGUCUGUGUCACUGUGAACAGAAAUGCUGACGUAAUGGCUAUUUUGAUCAAUGUCCUGUGUAUUGACUUUCUGUAACGUCUACUACUGUUCCGCCUGGUUCUCCAGGUGGUAGGGAAAAUGCCUGCGUCACCAGAGGCCCACCCCAGGCCCUGCUCAGCCCCAGAGACAGCCUGGGACACCUGCCUGUCCAACUCCCCCACAGACAGCACCAGGCCCAGGACAGACUAGCCAAGCCUGCUUCUGGUAAGGACUGUGUAAAUAAAGACUGUGUAAAUAAAGUUGUUUUAAAUUGUAUUGAAAAUGUGUCCCUAAUGUGUUAUGUUUGUUUUUGGGAUGUUAUUGUAGAUGUGUUUGGUGAGAUGUAACUGUCUAUGGCCAAAUCCACCAUCACUUAAAUAUUUACAUAUCUGGAGGAAUUACUUUCAGUUUAGUUUUCUCAUUGAGCGUAAUAAUGAGUGAAGUCUGUGCUUUAUGUUGAAUAUACUCUUAAUCGAUGGGUUUUUCUCUCUCCUUUCAGGUCUUGCGGUCAUCCAUCAGAGCCAAGGUAAGGAGGAGUGUAUCUGUGUGCUGCAACUCACUGGGGCCGGAGACAUCUUUUACCACACGCUAAGGUCCCAGACAGAGUCCUUCAGUAAAGAGGGCCCACCAGCACCAACCCAGGACUCUGUGGGACCUGAGGGACGUAUCGGAGCUGUGCAGAGAUUAAAAGAACCAGUUGAAACAUUAAGGAAACAGUUGCAUCAAACGUUAGAAACGUCAAGAGGCAGAGCCCUAGAUGAGACAUGGUAUUCCUCUGGACCCCCGUCUCCUGCGGAUGACUCUGGGUUCGAAGGAAGGGGGCAGCCGUGGGACAUGGCUGGGCUGGAGGUGGUUAUCAAUGACCCUCAUGACGACCCGUACCUGUCGCUAGAGACAAACACAGGAUUAACCGACACUCAGGAAACCGCUGCUACUGUUCCACCACCUACAGCCCAGUCUUUGGACACUACUGUUAAUACUAACCCUGUCAGACCAAGGCCGAAGGCUAAAGUCAGUGAUGAGGCUCUGUUGGUUUGGAGGAAGUGGUUCCUCAAACUGUUCAAGAGCCCCAAGAAGCGCCGCAAUCUCCCACACAGGACCAUAAAAACCAAGGGUCUUCUACCCGACGACAACCUUCAGAGAGACCCGUUGGAAGACGACCGUCUUCGGAGCCUGAGGAAGGACCUGAGGGAGACCAUGAGGAAUGGAAAUGUUCUCGUCCACAGGAACACCUAUCUCAAACCCCUGGCUCUGGUGCCUGUUCCGGCGCCCGUGGAACCCUCUGAGUGGGCUGAUGCGCUGAGCGAGAGGAUGAGCGCGUCAUGGGAACCUGGGCUGGGGGGAUGGAGGCACUGGUGGGAGGAGAGGCUGGGGCUGAACCGAGAGGAGAAGGUAACCAAUCUCUAUUGCUAUUUAUCGUGUGUGUGUGUGUAUCUGGGCCACGUUCAGUUGUCAAACGUUGCAGAUAGAAAUGCCAUCAAUAGAGCCGACAUGAUUCCUUGUUGUACAUGUCGGAAAGGCAUUUUUUGUUCCGGUCGUGAUAUUUCUAUAUAUAUAUAUAUAUACACACACACACACAGUGGGGAGAUCAAGUAUUUGAUACACUGCCGAUUUUGCAGGUUUUCCUACUUACAAAGCAUGUAGAGGUCUGUAAUUUUUAUCGUAGGUACACUUCAACUGUGAGAGACGGAAUCUAAAACAAAAAAAUCCAGAAAAUCACAUUGUAUGAUUUUUAAGUAAUUAAUUUGCAUUUUAUUGCAUGACAUAAGUAUUUGAUACAUCAGAAAAGCAGAACUUAAUAUUUGGUACAGAAACUUUUACAGAGAUCAUACGUUUCCUGUAGGUCUUGACCAGGUUUGCACACACCGCAGCAGGGAUUUUGGGCCACUCCUCCAUACAGACCUUCUCCAGAUCCUUCAGGUUUCGGGGCUGUCACUGGGCAAUACGGACUUUCAGCUCCCUCCAAAGAUUUUCUAUUGGGUUCAGGUCUGGAGACUGGCUAGGCCACUCCAGGACCUUGAGAUGCUUUUUACGGAGCCACUCCUUAGUUGCCCUGGCUGUGUGUUUCGGGUCGUUGUCAUGCUGGAAGACCCAGCCACGACCCAUAUUCAAUGCUCUUACUGAGGGAAGGAGGUUGUUGGCCAAGAUCUCGCGAUACAUGGCCCCAUCCAUCCUCCCCUCAAUACGGUGCAGUCGUCCUGUCCCCUUUGCAGAAAAGCAUCCCCAAAGAAUUAUGUUUCCAUCUCCAUGCUUCACAGUUGGGAUGGUGUUCUUGGGGUUGUACUCAUCCUUCUUCCUCCAAACACGGCGAGUGGAGUUUAGACCAAAAAGCUCUAUUUUUGUCUCAUCAGACCACAUGACCUUCUCCCAUUCCUCCUCUGGAUCAUCUAGAUGGUCAUUGGCAAACUUCAGACGGGCCUGGACAUGCGCUGACUUGAGCAGGGGGACCUUGCGUGCGCUGCAGGAUUUUAAUCCAUGACGGCGUAGUGUGUUAGUUAUGGUUUUCUUUGAGACUGUGGUCCCAGCUCUCUUCAGGUCAUUGACCAGGUCCUGCCGUGUAGUUCUGGGCUGAUCCCUCACCUUCCUCAUGAUCAUUGAUGCUCCACAAGGUGAGAUCUUGCAUGGAGCCCCAGACCGAGGGUGAUUGACCGUCAUCUUGAACUUCUUCCAUUUUCUAAUAAUUGCGCCAACAGUUGUUGCCUUCUCACCAAGCUGCUUGCCUAUUGUCCUGUAGCCCAUCCCAGCCUUGUGCAGGUCUACAAUUUUAUCCCUGAUGUCCUUACACAGCUCUCUGGUCUUGGCCAUUGUGGAGAGGUUGGAGUCUGUUUGAUUGAGUGUGUGGACAGGUGUCUUUUAUACAGGUAACGAGUUCAAACAGGUGCAGUUAAUACAGGUAAUGAGUGGAGAACAGGAGGGCUUCUUAAAGAAAAACUAACAGGUCUGUGAGAGCUGGAAUUCUUACUGGUUGGUAGGUGAUCAAAUACUUAUGUCAUGCAAUAAAAUGCAAAUUAAUUACUUAAAAAUCAUACAAUGUGAUUUUCUGGAUUUUGGUUUUAGAUUCCGUCUCUCACAGUUGAAGUGUACCUAUGAUAAAAAUUACAGACCUCUACAUGCUUUGUAAGUAGGAAAACCUGCAAAAUCGGCAGUGUAUCAAAUACUUGUUCUCCCCACUGUGUGUGUGUAUAUAUAUAUAUAUAUUUCCAUUUGAAUGUUCCAAAACGUUGUUUCCUGCUGAAUGCGCCCCUGUUGUGGUGGUUGUUUUUAAUGUUGGUUUUCACCCUGACUACACUACACAUUUCCCAAUUGGGACAAUGGAGAGAUUGAUUGACAUAUUAAUUGGUUGAUUUGAAGGUGGAAGCUCUGCGGAGGAAGAGGAGGAGGCAGAAACAGGCAAAGGGUCACAGUCGUAUCGACCUAUCGGGCAGCUUCACCUCGUCCGUCAGCUACCAAUCAGACCUGGACAGCGCCUCUCUCUCCGGUUGGUCGUCUGCAGCCAGUCAGGGCGCCUGCUCCGACGUAGACAGUGUGGCUACAAGCUGCUACUACACCAAGUGGGAUGUCCUCUCUGAGCCGGGGACACCGAGGGCUUUCACACCUACGCCACAGAAACAGACCAGUAUUUCACAACCCACAACACCUCAUAGGGAGUUUGGUAGUGGUUCAAUACCUACUACACCACUGGAGCAGCUUAGUAGUUUCUUCUCCCAGCCAACAAUCCCCCAUACACAAUUCAGUAGUAGUUCACAGCCAACUAUCCCCCAUACACAGUUCACUAGAUCUGAGCCACUGUUUACACCCCAAAAACAGCCCACCGUUGGUCGUGUAUCGCCCUGGACAACAGUAGGUUCUGACGCCACCUCGACGGCCAUUUUGAGAACGGCGGUGGCAUCCCAGAAGAAGCCCAAGCCACAGAAUCAGGAUUAUUUAAGUUCUCUCUUUGGAUCCCAGGAGCCUGCGGAGGCUUCACAGGGAGGAGGGUUUAAUGAGAGAAGCCAUAGUACUCCUUUGGCCACCUCUUCUCAGCUGUCCUCCGUCUCUACCUCACAGAGGAACCCUAAAGUGGGACUAACCUCCUCACAACUCAAAAGAAAGAAGUCUCGCAUGGGUUUCUGAUCUUAGUAUUGGUGGAUGUAGCCUCACCAACAACAGUUAUUUUCAAACGAGAUGAUGGAACUAUGGCAAGGGAUCUUGUUUAACCUUUGGUUUUUUUUGUUAGGUUGAUUCCAUGUGUUUUGUGACAGGACUGUGACGUUUGAAUUGGCUGUUGACGAGAUUUCUGGGAUAUUCUAGAAACCAAUAGCAUCAGUCAGGGAAUAAUUUUUUUUUUGGUACAAAAAUAAAGAUGUAUUCAUUAAUAUUGUUCUAGGCCAUCACUAAUCUCUGACUGAAGCAGGUUUGGUUGAGUGACUUCAUGUGUUAUGGGCCAGUACUGAAGUGCGAAUUGGCUACCGACUUCUGGUCAUAAGACAUUUGGAAUCUCUAGGCCUAGAACACCACUCAAUGUUUUUGCAAUAUCUGUAAAAUUCUAAAGCAUCACUCAAUGUACAGGCAUAAUCUGACUGAAGCAAAACAUUUCAUUUCAAAUAAGGAUUUUUGAUAGUCAGUAGUCAAAGACAAAGACCAGAGAUUCAGAUGUCAAAAUAGUAUUUUUUUUGUCAUACACGUGGCAAAAAAUUAUAAAUAAGUUAAUAUCUACAAAGGUACUAUUCACAGCAUUUGUGUUGUUUUUUUUAAAACAUUAUAUAAAUGUACAAUUAGUUUAAAAAUGUGACUUUCUUUUGACAUACAUUUUUCAUCCACAGAGCUAGCUACAUACCUUCCAAAUAUUGUUACCCUACGACCUGAAAAUUGACAAAUUUCGAGGUUUUAAGAUCACACACACGUUUUUCUGAAUAGUAACAUGCAAUCAGAUGUUGGCUUUUAGUUCAACCUUGUAGGGGGAUAACCAAACCAGCCUGACCACCAGGCAGUGAUCAUAACUUCCCUCUGCUACUCAACGAUUACUUGUUAUACAAAAAUUGUGCAAUGUACGUUUUCCAGGUUUACUAACUCCCCAGACAACAGUCCUUGUUUCACAACAGUCUACUGUACCUUGGCUGUGUUCUAUAAUGCAUUCUAAAUGGUACCCUAUUUCCUAUAUAGUGCAC